CUUGCUUGCGAAGGAAGGAGGAAGCGAGGCAAAGGCGAAGCACAGCACGCGGCAACCGCCACUGCGGCGGCGGCGCCCCGGAAUCCCGGGGGGAGCCAAGGGCUGAGAAGGCGAGGAGCUUCACCGGCGGCCGCAGCCUCCCCCCACGCGCCGACCGAUCGCCGCCGCCGCCGCUGCUGCUGCAUUGGUCGUCGUCGAUCGGAGGGAGGAAGGGCGAAGCAGGAGAGCCGUACGUCGGGCUGGUGGCGCGUGGUCUCGCUUCGGUCAGGCUGCGCGCGUCUCGCCGGCGAUCGUGGUCGGCUCAGGACUCGUCCACCCGCCCGCCGCAAUGGCAAGGUCGUGGCUUAUAACUGGUAGGGGGGUUGCUAAGAAAAUAAGAAAUGCACCUCACUGCUCUAGUCGCCCAAUAAGCGAAUUGGGUCCAGAAGCACAGAUGGAAUGCCCAAAAUGCAAACAUGUCAUUGAUAACAGUGAUGCUGCUAUACAGUGGCCUGGACUGCCUGCUGGUGUCAAGUUUGAUCCCUCUGAUUUGGAAUUACUUGAACAUUUGGAACAAAAGAUUGGCAUUGGGGGUUCAAAACCACAUAUGUUCAUUGAUGAAUUUAUUCCGACUAUAGAUAAUGAUGAAGGGAUCUGCUAUUCACAUCCAGAAAAUCUUCCUGGUAUGAAGAAAGAUGGAACCAGUGGUCAUUUCUUCCAUAGAGUUUCAAAUGCAUAUGGUUGUGGUCAGCGCAAGCGUCGAAAGAUCAGUAGCUGUGAUCAUCAUAUUGUUUCUGUUGAACAUGUGAGAUGGCACAAGACGGGGAAAUCCAAAGCCAUAGUUGAGAAAGGUGUUACAAAAGGUUGGAAGAAAAUAAUGGUUCUGUACAAGAGUUCACAAAGAGGUGCCAGACCUGAUAAGGCUAACUGGGUGAUGCAUCAGUACCAUCUUGGGGCAGAUGAAGACGAAAAGGAUGGGGAACUUGUUGUCUCCAAAAUCUCUUACCAGUUGAAUGGUAAACAGACAGAUAAGUCUGAAACAGAAAAUGUAGAUGAAGAAUCUGAUGCAUUUGCUGCCAGGGUUGGUCCAAAAACUCCAAAGACAAACACCCCACAGCCGUGUCGCUUAAAUAACAGUCCAUGUGAAACUGAAAAUUAUGUUCCCGUCUUGGAGGACCAGGAGGGGGAAGAGUCCAACAUACCUAUUGUUAGCCUGAAGGACGACUCUGGGAAUCCUGCAUGGUGCGCUGGAGAAUCUCAUGCUGUGCAGGAAGCAGUUCAGACCCGACCUAACUUGGAUGAAUCACUGCACUGUCAUGAAGUUCUGGAUUCCUUCCUUCAUGAAACAUUGCUUCCUUCUGACCGCCCGAUUCUAUCUCAAGGCAGGAAUGAGAUGCCUGACAGGAACCUGAAUCCACUAUAUGGACUAUGUGAUCUUUUCAAUGUAGACCUUGGAACACCUCCAGAUUUUCAGCUUGCUGACUUGCAGUUUGGAUCACAGGAAAGUAUUGGCCACUGGCUGGAUAGCAUCUAGGUCGAUAGAGAAUGUGAAGCAGGGCGAAGAACUACAUGAUCGAUUUCUCAGAGUAUGAUAAGCAACUUUUGUGGGAUCAAGCUACAUAGUUGAGUGGCAUCGAACCAUCAAAACUGUCUGAGAGAGGGUCGCCUGAACCUCUUAUUUUGCCUUAAAACUGGGAAGGAAAUGUGAUGCUGUGCCUGUGACCCUGUUCGGGGCCAUGUGAUGGUGGAAAACCUGGAGCUGUUUAACUCUUUCAUUUAUGAGAGCACAUCACAUGUAGGUGUAUACCUUAGUUGGACUCGUCAAGAACUUUGGCUUAACAGAUGGUCAUGAGAACCCAUGCUUUUUUUUCUCGUUUUCUAUUUCACUUUUUUUUUAGAACACAGUACGGAGUUAAACCUAGAACCUUUUGUAACCACUAGGCUACAGGCACAUUCGCGUUUUCUAUUCCACCUUGGUUGAACUUACAGG